UUAAAUUCGUUUUCUCAUGCUCUUUUUGUGUUGCAGGUUGAAAAUGUGAAAUUACUAGACCGCUAUACAAAUAGGAAGGCAGCAAACGGGACGUUAUACCUGACAGCGACCCACCUUAUCUAUGUAGAUGCUUCUGCUGAAGUCAGAAAAGAAACAUGGAUUCUGCAUCACCACAUUGCAACUGUGGAAAAACUGCCCCUGACCACGGCUGGGUACCCCCUCCUCCUUCACUGCAAGAACUUCCACGUGGCCCACUUUGUCAUCGGGCAGGAACGUGACUGUCACGACGUGUAUACCUCGUUGCUUAAGCUUUCCCAACCAGUGAAAACUGAAGAACUUUACGCUUUCUCUUACAAUCCUAAAAUGUCUAAAGAAAACCGGGAGAUUGGAUGGAAGCUGAUUGAUUUAAAAGUAGAUUACCAGCGUAUGGGAAUUCCGAAUGACUAUUGGGAAAUAACGGAUGUUAAUAAGGACUAUGAGGUUUGCAACACAUAUCCUCCAGAAAUAGUGGUGCCUAGAGCUGCUAAUAAGGCAGUGGUGAUCGGAAGUUCAAGGUUCAGAAGCAGAGGGCGGAUUCCGGUGCUUUCUUACCUAUAUAAAGAAAACAAUGCUGCCAUAUGUCGUUGUAGCCAGCCUCUGUCCGGGUUCAGUGCGCGCUGCCUGGAGGAUGAACAAAUGCUGCAGGUGAUCAGAGAAGCCAACCCUGGGAGCCCCUUCAUGUAUGUUGUAGACACAAGGCCAAAGUUAAAUGCCAUGGCCAACCGAGCUGCGGGGAAGGGUUAUGAGAAUGAAGAUAAUUACGAUAACAUUCGCUUCAAGUUCAUCGGCAUAGAGAACAUCCAUGUGAUGCGGAACAGCUUGCAGAAACUCCUGGAAGUGUGUGAAAUGAAGUCCCCCUCAAUGAGCGAUUUCCUCACUGGGCUGGAGAACUCAGGCUGGUUACGGCACAUUAAGGCUGUGAUGGAUGCAGGUGUCUUUCUUGCCAAGGCUGUGAGAGAUGAAAGGGCUAGCGUGUUAGUCCACUGCUCUGACGGCUGGGAUCGCACAGCCCAGGUCUGCUCCCUGGCCAGCCUCCUCCUAGAUCCCUUUUAUAGGACUUUUAAAGGCUUCAUGGUUCUGAUAGAGAAGGAGUGGAUCGCGAUGGGCCACAAGUUCUCGCACCGGUGUGGCCAUUUGGAUGGUGACCCCAAAGAAGUGUCCCCUGUCUUCACUCAGUUCGUUGAGUGUAUCUGGCAGCUGAUGCAGCAGUUCCCCUGCGCUUUUGAGUUUAACGAGCGUUUCCUGCUGGAAAUCCAUGACCAUGUUUACUCCUGCCAGUUCGGCAACUUCCUUGGGACCUGUCAUAAGGAGCGUGAGGACCUGAAAAUCUUUGAGAAGACCCAUUCUCUGUGGCCUUUCCUCUUGCAGAAGAAGCAGGAAUUCAGAAAUCCUUUGUACAGAGGCUUUACAGCUUACAAAGAGCUUCAACCAAACACCCUACCUUUCAGUUUCCAGUUUUGGUGUGGGAUGUAUAAUCGCUUUGACAAAGGAAUGCAUCCAAAACAGCGUGUGCUGGAUCAUCUGCUCAGCUGCAUGAGCCAAAAGAUGAAACUGGAGGACAAUGCAUCAGAAUUGGAAAAUAAACUUCCUUUCUUCGAUGGUCCUUUGCCCAGUGAAGCUUGCUCCUCAUCUAAAGCAGGACGUGCUGCUUCAAAAACACCGAUGCUCAACACUCCUCAGGAUUACGAAGGGGACCCCGCUCCUGGCUUGAGCAACGGCGCCUCGGCAGGGGAUACAGAGGCGAUGUCAGGUGGGGACCACCAGCCCAAAGAGAACCUGUCUCGCCACCAGGACCUCCGUCGCCUCCGCGACGCCAUUGACACUUUAGCCUCCGCGGCGAAGGCUGGGGAGCCGCAGCACCACUGCUCAGCUCCGAGAACUGUGUCCCAGGACCCAGGCGCUCGUGGGGGUGAGGCGUGA